AUGGAGAAGAGUAACAUAACCACGGAUUUCAUUCUCCUAGGACUUUUUAAUCACACAAGACCCCAUCUUUUCCUCUUCAUUGUGGUGAUGACAAUAGCCAUUGCUUCUCUGAAUGGCAAUGCCCUCAUGCUUCUCCUGAUUCUCCUGGACCCCCGGUUCCACACACCCAUGUACUUCUUACUAAGCCAACUCUCCCUCAUGGACAUAAUGCUGGUCUCCACCAUUGUGCCCAAAAUGGCAGCUGACUACUUGACUGACAAGAAGUCCAUCUCCCCUGCUGCCUGUGGGUUGCAGAUCUUUGUCUCACUCACAUUGGGUGGUGGAGAAAGUUUCCUUUUAGCAGCCAUGUCUUAUGACCGCUAUGUGGCUGUGUGCCACCCACUGCGAUACCCAGUUCUCAUGAGCUGGCAAUUAUGCCUGAGAAUGACUGUGGGGUCUUGGUUCCUGGGGGCGAUGGAUGGGAUCAUGCAGGCUGCUGCUACCUUGAGUUUUCCAUUUUGCAGGGCUCAUGAGAUUGAUCAUUUCUUUUGUGAGGCUCCCAUGCUGGUGCGUUUGGCCUGUGCUGACACAUCAGUCUUUGAAAAUGUCAUGUACAUUUGCUGUGUAUUAAUGCUCCUGGUCCCAUUUUCUCUCAUUCUGACUUCCUAUAGUCUCAUCCUUUCAGCUGUUCUCCACAUGCAUACUACAGAAGCCUGCAGGAAAGCUUUCUCCACCUGUUCCUCACAUCUCUCUGUGGUGGGACUCUUUUAUGGAGCUGCUAUUUUUAUCUACAUGAGACCAAAAUCCUCCAGGUCAGCUAACAAUGAUAAAGUAGUGUCAGCCUUCUAUACUAUCUUCACCCCUGUGUUGAACCCCCUCAUCUACAGUCUGAGGAAUAGUGAAGUCAAGGGAUCCUUGAAAAGGUGGCUGAGGAAAUGUGCAAAUGUAAAACCUCAGCAAACUUAG